AUGCUUGGUCCUUCCGAUCCCACAUACCCCGCUUUUCCUGUCCUAGCUUUUCUAGGCGCCUUCGUUGUGCUGGUGCCUUUCCCCUGGCAUCUUCAGGCAUGGAACGCAGGGACAUGUCUCUUCAUGAUAUGGACUGCCAUCGCUUGCCUGAACCUUGGGAUUAACUCCAUCGUCUGGAACAACAAUGUCAUCAAUUUUGCACCUGUCUGGUGUGACAUCUCGUCUCGCACAAUCGUCGCAGUUGCUGUAGCGCUUCCUGCUGCAUCUCUGUGCAUUCAGAGACGGUUGUAUAACAUCGCUUCAAUCAAGUUCGUCAGCAUCACAUACGCAGAGAAGCGUAGAGGUGUCUUCAUCGACCUACUCAUUGGUGUUGGAAUUCCCCUCCUCCAAAUUGUGUUUCAGUACAUCGUGUCUGGACACAGAUUCGACAUCUACGAAGGAAUCGGGUGUUACGUGUACACAUACAACACUGCGUUGGCGUAUCCGUUCUCUUUCCUUUGGCCACUAGUCAUAUCCUUGGUGUCGGCAUGCUAUUGUGUGCGCACCUUGAUCAACUUUAUCCGCCGUCGCGCCCAGUUCAACGCUUACCUGACGUCCAAUUCCUCGCUCACUCCGAACCGCUACUUUCGUCUCAUGGCCAUCGCCUCUUUCGAGGUCGUCUGCACCAUCCCCAUUUCCGCGUAUGGCCUCUAUCUCAACCUCUCUUCGGGUCCUUUGAACCCGUGGAUUAGCUGGGACGACACGCAUUUCAACUAUUCCAAGGUCGAUCAGUUCCCAGCGGUCAUCUGGCGUACGGACAGGAAUACCGUCAUUUCGUUCGAGCUCAGCCGUUGGCUUGCGCCGUUCUGUGCGUUCGUCUUCUUCGCCUUCUUCGGCUUCGCACAGGAGGCCAGGAUCCACUAU